AUGAUGUUAUUAAACAGCUGGUAUUUCAUCUUCGUUGUAUUCACGCACAAUGCAAUAUGCUGGUCCUACGCUCAGGAGGUGUCGAAGCUCGAUCGAAACUUGCAAGUAGCACUAGCUGCGGCAAGACAUCGAGAGAGAACGAACACACACAAGGAAGAAGACCAUCUAACCAAUGUGAACAAAAAUAAAGGCUUGAUCAACACAAUAGUUAACCACAACAACAAAAUCAAAAAUAUUGAGAAUGAAUUUAGUGUCAUGGUUAACAAUUAUGCAAACUCGAGUUACGUGAAGGAAAUACUCGAAAAAAAAGAAAUUGAAAAGCGUGUAACUGGUGGUCCUCGUCCUUAUCUCUCAUGGAAAGAUUUUAUGAUCAUACUGGUAACGGGAGUAAUACUAGGUGGUAUUCUUAUCAAGGUCAUGAAAAAGUUCGUGGGUCCGUGGGUAGUUCGGUACGUUAGUACUGAGGCAAGUAACAGAACGAACCAAGAGAACACAAACAAUAACUUACCGGUGAACUCCAGUCUGAAGACAAUAUCUGUGAUUGAAUUAAAACAUGAAUUGGAGCAGCGAUUAGUAAAACAAAAUGAGAAAUUAAAUGCUAUCUUGGCCAAGAUCCAGAUGGAAAGCGACAGAAACAAGGAGAACGAAAUGCAUUAG